AUGACCAGAAAUGAAAUAUGUAUAAGCAACUACAAUUAUUGCAUUCCCCUUUAUGUGUCAAAUACUUAUAAUCAGUUGUCCAGACGGAGAAAUAAGGUGAUCUUCACGGCUUGUUGUGAAGCUUCAAUAUGGAAAUCAUUUAAUCCUGUCAAGAAAUGUAUCAAAUCUGUAAAUGGUCGACAACCUCUUAUGUAUGUGGCGGGUGUGUCUGAUUCCAAAGGCUUUCUAUCCUUAGUUGAACCAUCUUUAACUCCUCAUAAAAACAUUCAGUUAAUCAACUACCAUACAGGUUAUUGGACUACGCUCGCACAACGUAUUCCUACAAAUACAAAUUUAGAAGUAACUAGCUUACAAUGUUUUGGCACAUCAUCUGGUGACCGAUUAGGUCUGAUUGUAGGUCGUCGAUGUGGUCUGAUUGAAUUGUGGGAUGAUCGUUUUCCUAAUAAACCAGUGAUUGAAUACUAUGGUUCAGACGGUUCUACCUUGAUGUCGGUCUCAUCUCACAUCCCACCUUUCCCAGUUAUUGAUCCUGUCUUACAAACAACAAUCGCUAGUCCCUUAUUACCAAAUCAUCAUAUUGGUAUAUGGGAUUUACAUAAAGGUGAUGUAAUUAAUGUCUAUGAAUUAUCACAUCGUUUAUCUCAAUCAGUAUCUUGUGCACCUCCAGUUAUAAUCCACCGGACAAGUUGGAACAAUCAAUAUGGGUUAGUAUGUAAAGGACCUGCACUUUUAGCCCUAGAUGAUGAUUACGUCUACUGUUUUAAUUAA